GAUGAGGCCCCGCCCCACACAAGCACUGUAGAAGUUUUACUUUUACCUGCUAAGCAUCGAAAAUACAAUAUCAAAGAUCUAAAAUCGGCAGUGCCGCGCUUCCCCGGUGCUGCUGCGCCGGGGCGGAGGAGGAGGCCCGAGGCGGGCGGGGUCGGCAGCUUGAUGAAAAUGCAUUCUUCUCCGAAAGCAUCUGAUAAAAAUCAUCCAGCUUUUCCAGCGACACAAUUCCCUUACAUGCCACGCAUUACAGGUUUUCUCUGUCUUGUAGAGCAAAUUUGUGAUGCUGUCGACCAAAGAUAGGUGCACUAACACAGUUUUUUUCUUGGAUACAGGCCACCGAAAAAGCAGUUUCCGGUGCCGGAAGAGGGGUCCAGGGAUCCGAAUCACGAAUGGACGUUUCAGUAUCAAAUGCAAAAAUGUCUGCGUCUCGGAGGAUGGAACUUGUGAUGCGUCCUGUGGGUUAUACAAAAAUCUGUGUUGCGUGAUCACCAAAAGUUUUCCUUUUUUGACCAACAUGAGCGGGAGUUUCUCAUUGCAGGUUCAGCAUGAUAGGGACUUCGUAGAAUCCGUCAUGCUAGGUCCUGCAUUCCAGACCUCAUGGGGCAUGGAAAAUAUGCAUGACAAGUCUGCAUUCUUCCAGACCCAGACACUUUUGCAUUUGAUAGUCAGACAUUAAGGGACUACGACGGGGACAAGAACCGCAUGUACAUAGGAGUCUGCGGAUUGGUUUUCGACGUACAGGAAAGCGACAACUUUAGGCCGGAUUUUGGUAUUUUAUUCUGAAUAGUGUGUCGUCCUCGUCAGUGCUGCUCCGACUAAUUAUUUCGCAUGAAGUUUAUUGUCAUCCCUGUUUUAUUCGUAGGCCCACGACAUGAUCAUGAUGCGAAGAUCGAUCGUCUCAAUCUCAAUGUAGCUUCACCAAGGAUCACGAAUUACCGGAGAACGAGGAGCCGCUAGAUCUGGUACAGCUACGACGAGGACCCAGCAAAACAAGAUCAACCUAACAUCUGAGGAACCAACCACGCAACAAGAAUCCUCGUGGAUCCAGGCGAAGCCAAGUUUCAGCAGUACGAGAGGGAUUGUCCCGCAGUUGUUAUCUGGACAGGUGGCAGGACGAGCUCAGCAAGCACAUGGGGCGAGUAAAAAUGGAUUGCAGGAGCAUGAUGGGGGACCUGCUCAGCUUCUCGGUGGUGCUAUGCUGAGUAAAAAAGUACCCACACCAGAGUCAAGAUGGGGAUUUUGCAACACAAACCUUGAUGAAGUUUUGGGAGCCACGCAUGACAAAUUGCAGGCUGUAUUGUAAUGCAGUUUAGCAAGGGAAACCGCAUUACAUCAAACUUAUCUGCUUAUCCUGUUUACAGCAUUACAAGUUCCAAAACACAAUUGGAAAUGGCUCUCAUGGGGAUGCGCAUUACAAGUCUUCCUGGUUUUGCAAAUCUGCAUUACAACUCUGGUGUGGGUACGUUUUUACUCAGGAUAGGUGCAGAUGAGUUCCCGCAGUUGAUGCAGUGGAUGAACAUCAUAGCGCCGGCACUUGAAAAUGCAUUCUUCUCCGAAAGCAUCUGAUAAAAAUCAUCCAGCUUUUCCAGCGACAGUACCGGGUUGUCGUGGAUGA